AUGUCAAAACCUUCGCUUGUACAAAAAUUAGGUAUAAAGUAUCCUAUAAUUCAAUCUCCAAUGGCAGGAGUAUCAACAAUUGAAAUGGCAAGUUCUGUUACAAAUAAAGGAGGAUUAGGAUCAAUACCAUUAUCAACUUUAAAUUUUUUAGAGCUGGAAUCAAUUGAUAAAUUAAAAGAAAUGAUUGCAAAAUAUAGAAGUCAAUUGAAUGAUAAAUCACUUUAUCAUGUAAUGAAUUUAAAUUUGUUUUGUCAUGAUAUCGUUGAAGAACCAAAUGAGAAACAAUUUGAAAAUUGGAAAAAUUUAUAUAAAAAAACAUUAAGUCAAUAUGGACAUGAUUUUGAUAAAGUAAUAAAUGAUAUAAAUUUUCAAAAUGGUAAUAUAUCAUUUAAAGAAAUUGAAAAAAAUGAAAAUUCAAUAAAUAAAUUAAUUGAUUUAUUAAUUGAAAUAAAACCAAAAGUUAUAAGUUUUCAUUUUGGUUUUCCUUCAAGAAAAACAAUUGCAAAAUUACAAAAAAAUGGAAUAAUGAUAUUUGUAACUGCAACUUCAGUAGCUGAAGUCAAUGAACUUUAUUAUUGGCAUGAGAAAUGGCCAUUUAAAAGAAGUCCAUAUGAAAUUAAUCUAAUAGAUGGAAUAAUUUUACAAGGUUCAGAAGCUGGAGGUCAUAGAGGUAACUUUUUAGAUCCUGAUUCUCAAGAUGAAUAUUUAUCAACAAAAUCAUUAUUUAUAAAAUCAAAAAAUUAUUUGGAUUAUACACUUGGAAUAGAUGAAAUACCAUUUUUAAUUCCUACCGGUGGUAUAAUGGAUUCCUCUUCAAUUAGUUGGUAUUUAAAUAAUGAAGCAGAUGCUGUUCAAUUGGGCACUAUAUUUUUAGCUACGCCAGAGUCUACAACUUCAUCAUAUUUUUCAAAUUUGCAUUAUCCUUUAUCGCAAGAAACUAUAAUGACUAAAUUAAUAAGUGGUAAACAAGCAAGAUGUAUAAAAACAACAUUCAUAAGAAAUAUAAUUAAAAAUUAUGAAGAAUCGAAAGAAGAUUUACCACCUUAUGGAUGGAGUUAUUUUGGUUAUAAAUCUUUAUUGGCAAAACUUUAUUAUUAUAUUACUCAUGUUACUUUUGAUGAAGGAGAAGAUAUUAGAUUUAAUCUUUGUGGAUCUAAUCAUUUUUUAAUUGAUGAUUCAUUAACAACUAAUGAAAUUAUGGAUAAACUUAUAAGAGGUUUAAUUAUUGAUGAAGAUGAAAAAAUUAUUAAUUUGAAGAAGCGUAAGAUAUAA